CAUUUCCGGUUUCAUUUUCGAAAAGCUCGUCAUCUUAAAUAUAUUUUUUAUUUAAUCAUAAUAUGCCAGAUUAUUCCUGGAGGAAUCAAUAUGAAAGUUAAGCAGCUGCAUGCCUUAACUUAUAUUUUCAUUUUCCUCACAACUUGUCACGCUUUAGAACCUAUUUCUGGUGUCGCUACAGUUGCCGCAGGAGUUUCAGCUGUUUUUAUUGCGAGCUUUAGAGCAAUAAAAUGUCAGUUUCAAGAAUGCUGUACAAAAAGAUGGAUUAACUUGAAUGCUACAGAACUGUCUUCAAGUCUUAAAGAUCAAGUAUAUGGACAACAUCUGGUUAUAAAAGCUGUUGUGCGUCAUAUCAAAGCCCAUUUAUCAAACAAUGAGCCUUCCAAGGCUUUGGCUUUGUCAUUCCAUGGAGGAACAGGUACAGGCAAGAAUUAUGUCAGCAAAAUUAUCGUUAAUCAUUUAUACAAGGAAGGAAUGAAGAGUGGAUUUGUACAUAUGAUUGCUUCAACUAAAGAAUUUCCACAUGCUGAUAUGGUUCCUCUUUAUAAGGACAAACUGAGAGAGCUUAUAGAGACAAGUGUAAAGAACUGUGAGAGAUCUAUGUUUAUAUUUGAUGAGAUAGAUAAGAUGCCACCAGGUCUGAUUGAUACUGUAAAACCAUACUUGGAUUAUUAUGAUUAUCUUAGUGGUAUAAACUAUCGAAAAGCUAUCUUCAUUUUCUUAAGUAACACAGCUGGAACAGAGAUACUACAGCAAACAUUAAAUUUCUGGCAUGAAGACAAAAAAAGAGAGACAAUAGAACUUAAAGAUAUGGAAAAAUUAGUGACCACCUCAGCUGUUAAUACAAAAACAAGUGGUUUUUAUCACAGUGAUGUAUUACUACGCCACAUGAUUACAGCCUAUAUUCCAUUCCUACCAUUAGAGAGGACGCAUAUCCGUCAGUGUAUUAAAGACUAUUUACUGCUAAAGAAAUAUUACACUAAUUAUGGGGAUAUUGAGGAUGAAAAGGUGUUCGAGAUUGCAGAACAAUUACAGUAUUUUCCUGAGGAAGAACAAUUAUUUUCUACCACAGGAUGUAAAAGGGUGCCAGAAAAGACUGAUUAUGUUAUGGAAGAGGACUGAUUGAUGCAAAAACUGGUUGUGCAUAAUGCAAUAUUGUUGAUAUGUUAGAUUAAUGUGACUAUGUAUAAGUGCUAAAAUUUUGUGUGUUUGAAACUAUAACAGGAACUAGAACAUAGUGCAGUGCUGUUGUGAAAUUGUUUAAGUUUGUUUUUGAACUGGCAACAAAUAUGUCAAAUACCUCUUCUUGCAAUGUAUAUAGCACCAGCAUUUUUUUUCCCUACACAACGGGGUGUGGAGGAAUAAUAAUAACCAUAGAAGGCAUCUGUUCGUUUGGUCUUGUAAGCGCUCUCACAUGUACAAUUCUUGCAAUUAAGUUUGAAAAUCAGUGCCAAACAAUUAUGUGUAAGGGAGGUAUGCCCCUUGGAAAUAUAAAUUAUUUGGAAAAUUUUAUUGCAAGUGCUCUCAAGCCUACAAUUCAUGUAGGAUUGUUAUGAAAUUUAUAUAGAAUAUUUAUAUCAGCAAUGUCAGAAACAGGUUCAAAACUUAUCGCUGAUCAACUAUUUCUAUUCUAGUUAUGUCCUUCGGAAAUGUAUAUGCUAUAGAAAAUUGUAUUGUCAAUGCUCCCAAGUGUACAAUUCUUGCCAGAUGUUUAUGAAAUUAAUAUCAAAGGUUUAUAUCAGCAAUAUUUCGGUCAAGUUUGAAAAUCAGUGCUCAGAUCAACUAAAUUCAAAAGAGUAAUGCUCCUUUGAAAUAUAAAUUAUUUAGAAAAUUGCAUUCUAACCUCUAUCACACCUAUAUUUCUAGUAGGAAUUCGAUGAAAAUUAUAUCAAAGGUUUAUAUCAGCAAUGUCUUGGGAGAGUUCGAAAAUGACUCUGAUCAAUAUUUACAGAAGAAAUGUCUCUUUGAAACGAAAUUUGUAUUGAACAUUGCAAUGUUAGUACUCUCACACCUACAUUUCUUCUGGAAUUUUUAGAAAUUUAUAGCAAAGGCUAUCAUCAGCAAGCUCUUUGAAAAGUGGCAACCAACUAUUUUUACUGGAGUUCUGCACCUUUGAAAUAGAAAUUAUAUGGAAAAUAACAUUGUUAGUGAUCUCAUGCAUGAAGUUCAUGUAAGAUAUUUAUCUAAAAGAUACUAAGGAACCAAAAAAAAAAAAUUUUUGGAGUUACAUGUAUUGCCAAUGAACAGAUAAGAUAUGUGCACUGCCAGGAACAUUGGAACGUUGUUCUUUUAUAUUUUUAAAAUUCAUAAAAUGAAUUGAAGCAGUAAUGUGUACAAUUACAAAAGUACAGUUUGGUCAUUGUUGGUGGUACAAGGUGAUCAAAGAAAUUUAACCUCUUAUCAUUUUAUGAGAUUGUAUACAUGGUAUAGUAAUCAUUUGCAGUAAUACACCAGAGGUGGAAUGCAAAUUAAUGGAAGAAGAAAAAGGGGAAUCCAUCAGUAUUCAUAAUCACAGAAUUUGUCUUCCAAAUUUUCAUAUCAAGAAUGUUUUUAGUUAUUUAGUUUUUUGUAAUGAUGAUUAUGUUUUGAAAAGUUUGAAUUUAACUCCAUUUGGUUUCCAAUUCAUGUAUUAUGUUGCUUGCUGGUCAUUAUCAUGAUUAUGUUAACAUAUUGCUAUACAAUGGAAACCUUCCCCUCAUAGUAUGAUACACUACACAUUUUUUUUAAACUUACUUUAUUUAAAAAAACAGAUCUUGAUCAACAAUGAUCGAAUACCAAGACGUUUCUUGAAUCAGAUUUGUUCAACCAAAAUUCAAAAAUAAGGAGAUAUGUUGUGGUUGCCAUGAGACAAUUAACACAGACAUAAUGCCACUUGAGAUUUCAUUGUUGUUUUGCUUGUGUUGAAAAUGUUUGCUAGUUGACUGUAGCAUGUAGCUAUCUUCUUUAAACAUCUGUAUUAUUCUACAUUUGACAGAAUAGAAGAGAUCUUGUUUUAUUAUAUCCUACUUCAUGUAGUAUGAGGAGGGCAAGUAUAUGAUUCUGUUUCUGCAUAUUUUUUGCCAGUUCAUCUUUUUGAUAUAUUUCUUCCUUAUAUUGAUGAUGCUUGCAUUUGUAAAUUUGAUAAAGGAGAUAAGAUCCCACAUAAGCUACUCUACAGCUCUGAUGGAAUGAUGGAUUUUCAAGUCCUGUCCACUCAAGUUAAACUUUAUAAUUUUUUUAAAUAUUUAAUAAAAAAUAAUAACUCAUUUUUCAGAUUAAAUUAUUUAUGUUAAAUAAAUGACACCCACUCAAAAAGAGAGGCAAAAGAUACCCAAGGGAUAUUCAAACUUCAAAGUUUGGGCAGAGAGGACCAUCUAGAAUAAUGGCCUUAUGCCCAUUCUCACCAGCGAUGGAUGGGUAUAACAAAAUUGACUGGAGAUUUAGUGUACAAAUAUUGUAUCGUUAUGUUACAUUUUAUAUGUGUAUUAAGUUUUGUAUAAUGAUUAACUUUGCUAUGAUCUCAUUGAUGUAUAUUUCGACCAGUUUUGUUUUCAUGAUAAUUUUAUUGUAGAGCCUGCGACUUCAGUCGCAGAAAGCUCGACAUAGGGAUAGUGAUCCGGCGGCGGCAGGGGCGUUAAUUAAAUUCUAAAAAGCUUAAUAUUUCAGAAGGUAGAAGACCUGGAUGCUUCAUACUUUGUAUAUAGAUGCCUUAUGAUAUGAAGUUUCCGUCUGUCAUAUGUCCAUUGUCCUUGACCUCUUUUUCAUGGUUCAGUGACUACUUGAAAAAAAAGUUCAGAUUUUUUGUAAUGUUAAUUUCUCUCUUAUUAUGAGUAAUAGGAUAACUAUAUUUGGUAUGUGCAUACCUUGCAAGGUCCUCAUGCCUGUCAGACAGUUUUCACUUGACCUCAACCUCAUUUCAUGGAUCAGUGAACAAGGUUAAGUUUUUGUGGUCAAGUCCAUAUCUCAGAUACUAUAAGCAAUAGGUCUACUAUAUUUGGUGUAUGUAAUGAUUGUAAGGUGUACAUGUCUAACUAGCAGAUGUCAUCUGACCUUGACCUCAUUUUCAUGGUCCAGUGGUUAAAGUUAAGUUUUUGUGUUUUGGUCUGUUUUUCUAAUACUGUAUGCAAUAGGUCAACUAUAUUUGGUGUAUGGAAAUAUUUUACGAUGUACAUGUCAGUCUGGCAGGUUUUAUUUGACCUUGACCUCAUUUUCAUUAUUCAUUCAAUAACAUCCGAUAUUAGAUUUAAAAACGAAAGUAAAAUUUUUGACAACUUUAUUUUGCACAAAUAAAGUGUCAAAGGCAGAUAUAAGUACGCUGAUGUUGCACACUUCGAAUGAUGCACUGCCAAUUUAACAGUUUACCUCAGAACUUCGAAUUUGAAUCAAAGAAAGUUUAAUAUCGUUUUUUUUUAAUGUCAAUUGGGAUGGCCAACUCGGCAACUGAUUACCAUUAUUGCCUUUUGUUUAUUUAGUCUUAAGGGAUUAAAAUUGGGAUAAUAUAUAAAAUGUCCGGCUGGCUAAAAAUAAUUUUGGAAGCCCUGGUUCAUUGCUCAAUGUUAAGUUUUUUUGUUUUGGUCUGUUCUAUUAAUACUGUAUGCAAUAGGUCAACUGUAUUUGGUGUAUGGAAAUAUUUUGGGAUGUACAUGUCAGUCUUGCAGGUUUUAUUUGACCGUGACCUUAUUUUCAUGGUUCAUUGCUCAAUGUUAAGUUUUUGUGUUUUGGUCUGUUUUUCUUAAACUUUAAGCAAUAGGUCAACUAUAUUUCGUGUAUGGAAUGAUUGUAAGGUGUAUAUGUCUGUCUGGCAGGUAUCAUCUGACCUGCACCUCAUUUUCAUGGUUCAUUGGUCAAUGUUCAGUUUUCCUUGCUAACUUUGUUUCUUAGAUACUAUUAGCAAUAGGUCAACUAAAUUUGAUGCAUGGAAUAAUUUUAAGGUGUACAUGUAUGUCUAGCAGGGUUCAUCUGACCUUGACCUCAUUUUCAUGGUUCAUUGGUCAAUAUAGAAUUUCUAUGGUUUGGUCUCUUUCUUUUAUACUAUAAGCAAUAGGUCAUCUAUAUUCAGUGUAUGGAAUGGUUGUAUUAAAGGUGUACAUGUAGUUCCGGCUUGGUUUAUCUGACCUUGACCUCAUUUUCUUGGAUCAUAAAUGUUAGUGUGAUACUUGCAGUAAAACUUAUAUUUAGGACUAUCAACAUAAAAUCAGUGGUCAGUAUAGUAGGCGAGACAUUUCAGUGUGUGCACUCGUGUGUAUCAUUUGGUUAAUAUACUUAUAUACAUGUAUAAUAGAAGGGUUGCACUUAACAUUGAUGUUGUAAAGGUUACAUUUUUUCAUAUACUUCUAAAGUUAUUGAGGUACAAUAUUAAAAAAAUUACAGUGUUUCCUUUAUUAAAUGAUUAAUAACACACACUUAUAACAAAUUCCCCCUUCAAAUAAUUAAAAAACUACGGUUUCAUCUCCCUCAGACAAAGUUGACCUUAGAUGUAUUUAGUUAUUCUGUUUAUGUCUUUUUUAAAUCAUAUACCUCCUUACAAUCUGCUUAAUUAUGCAUCCCUGGCUUUCAAAUGUUUAGGUAAAUUUUUUUUAAAUUCUCAGGCUGAAGUUUAGUACUCUGGCUUAUGUAUGAACAUACAUUGUACAUGUAUAAAAAUAAGAAGAUGUGGUAUGAUUGACAAUAAGACAACUCUCCACCAGAGACCAAAUGACAUAAAAGUUAACAACUAAAGGUCACCGUACAGCCUUCAACAAUGAGCAAAACCCAUACUGCAUACAAUGGCAUAGUCAGCUAUUAAAGCCCACAAAUGACAAAAUGUGCUUCAUAUACACAAAAUUUAUAAGGUGUUUACUUCAUUCACUAACUGCAAAUAAAAACAACAAAUAUAAACUAUUGUUUUUAUCAGAACAGAUGUAUAUAAAGCUAAAGAAAUGAAACUACACUUGAAAUAUUGAUGGAUCAUUGAUUAAUUGUUUGUGUUUUAACUCCACUUUCAGUACUAAUGGUUUCAGUUGAAAUAAAUUUGUUUUACAAUU